GGGAAGCGGGUGAGAGCGCGAGGCGGCGGCCGUCGCUCGCUCUCUGUCCCUCGCUCGGGGGCGCUUCGCCGCUGCAGGCGGGAGGGCCGGGCUCGGGCGACCUCUCGCCUCGAGGAAGGGAGCCGGCGCGCGCAGAGCGGGCUCGCUCCCUGGCUGGCGCGGGCCCCGGUCGAGGAGCGGACGGGGCAGGGGAUGGAGUAGGAAUGGAGACUGACUGCAAUCCUAUGGACCUAUCCAAUAACACAGGGGUUGAAGACCAUUCUGAAUUCAAGGAGUUUGAAGGAACAGAAGUGAAGGACAUGAGAUUAGAAGCAGAAGCUGUUGUUAAUGAUGUCUUGUUUGCUGUGAGCAACAUGUUUGUCUCUAAAAGCCUCCCAUGUGCAGAAGAUGUGGCUUACAUCAACGUGGAAACUAGAGAAAGGAACAGAUACUGCCUAGAGCUCACAGAAGCAGGACUUAGGGUAGUGGGUUAUGCUUUUGACCAGGUGGAUGAUACUGUACAAAAUCCCUACCAUGAGACUGUCUACUCUUUGUUGGACUCGGUUAGCCCAGCAUAUAGAGAUGCUUUUGGAAAUGCACUGCUACAAAGACUAGAGGCUUUGAAAAGGGAUGGGCAGUCAUGAUAGAAUCUGCAAUCAAAACAGGCUUCAGCAAAAAGUUGCUGCUGGUUAGAUUUCUGAAUUGGCUGCACUGAGAUCUGAUGGCAAAAGGAAUAAUUUCCUUGUGUUCUUUGCUUUGAAAAUUCUUUGCUCUGUGAAUUUCAAUUCCUCCAACUAUAUAUCAUUGGUACUAAUGUUCUGAGUUAACUGCUGAAUUUGUUUUUUAAUGUAACUUAGUGUACAGUCCCAUCAAGAUGAGCAUAAUCCUCUCAACUUGGAGGCUUAUGCUUAUCCAGCACAGAACAGGAAGAGCAGUGGAAGUGAUUUUUGCCACACCAUUCUUGCUUUCCAUUUUAUCUUGGCUCGCUAAUGGAAAGGGAAGGAGCUGGAUCAGCCUCAGAAUACCUUGCAUCCUGGUCACCCCAGUACCCUCCCCUCUUACAAGAGCCCUCUCAGAGAGCAGCUGAUGCAGUUCCCUUUCCACACUGGCUGUGAUGGGGAGCAGGAUCAGAGAUCUGAUUUCCAGCUCUGAGGUCAAACACUGUCUGCACCCUUGCAAUUGGGAACUUAAAUGAUCCAAUACUCACUCCCCCCCCCCAAAUUUCAAGGGGUGCGUGGAUGGUUUCCUUUGUGAAAUAUACAGUUACUGCUUUGGGUUCAUUUCCCUUUAGAUAGUUAGAAGUGACUGAACACUGUGUAGCUUUGAUGUCUUUGAUAUUCAGCUAAUGCUUAAUUGUAACAAUGCCACAGCUGGUAUUAAAUUUUCCUGACAAUAUAGAACCUGUUCAGAAUUUACACAGUAGCACUUUUCACUGUGUUUGAAGACUAACUCAGUUUUGUCAAACCAAAUAUUUACCAUAGCUAAACUUAUUAACAUGAAUUUUAUUUCAUCAUAAAUAUUUAUAUUUAGCUCAUUUUUGUGCAUACUUUCAGAAAUUCUCUAGUUCGUUCACUAGAACAUGUGAUGAAGCACUCUGUUAAAUAAAACAUAUCUUGGUGUUUGAUCCAUAAACAUUUUUAGCCGAGUACUUAUCAGUAACUGAACAGCACCAUUCAGUAUUUUUACCCUGUGGGUAGCAAGCUUCAGACACUAAACAAAAGAUGAAAUGUUGGCAUAAUGAAUGUAUUCAUCAAUUGAAAUACAAAUGGGAUAAGCACAAAGAUAAAGUAUAAAGCCCCAUUCUUUAUGAAGCCCCAUCCUGCUUUGCUUUUGCUGAAACUGCAUUAACAUUGUGCAAAGAUAACGAUUUGCAAUUACUUUGAAAGUUUACAUUAUGUACAGUAUAUUGAAAAGUAUUUUUGAUUCCUUACUAUAUUGCAGUUGCUGAGUAUUUCUAUAAUGCCUUCUCUUCUUCCAACCAGUUUAACCAUGUUGUAUCUUCUUUUAUUCAAUGUGCAACAUAAUAUUAGUGUAUUGUAUCAGUUCAGAACCAAAGACUGACAUUGGUAUUUGAAUUAUGAGAAUAUAGAUAGUCUUAAGUAUAAAAUAUGUUAACUUCCAGUGUUGCUGUAUAUCUCUUAAUGUACUCUGCUUGGAAGAACAGCCUCUUUUUAGAACAAAGCUAUAUAUUCACAGUACUAAGAGAUACCUAAUUCUGAAAAUGAAUAAACUUAUAAAAGCUUCAGCUGCUUGGUACAUGUUGCAUAUAGUACAUAUACAUGUUAUGCAUUCAGGUUUACUUAAGUGAUAGUGCUUUGUCCUAACUGAGAAUCUGGUUUAAGAACUGCAGGACUACUUAGCAUACUAUGGCUUUUCUUAGUUAUACUAGAAUUAUAGCUGAAACAACCUGUACUACAACCUCCUGUUUUGAAGCAGAGAGUGUUUUCCUACCUUUUUAUAAGCUGAAAGAGCUUGCAUUUUCCUUUAUCCAUAUAUACAUAGAGGGUAUUUCUUUAAAAACAUGAAAUGCACAAAGACUGUGGGUAACUAUGCAUUCGCAAUCGGGAUUUAAGGCAAGGAAGGUAGAUAUUCAUGAGGAAAAUGUACUUUGCCCCAUUGUAUCUUGGUACUCGUUUUAGAGAUUAAAUAAAGAGAAACAAAAUACAUAA